UUUAUUCCCCUCAUUUUUAGGAGUCGCUCAAUUCUAAAAAUAAGAUGGCGUAAUUUCAAGAAUAUCUUUUGUUUCUACUGCUGCUUUGGAACCUUUGUGAAAGCUGUCUGAACAGAGCAACAGUGAAGCUUCAGAGAUGGAUGUAAAACCAAGGGAAUCGACUCCUGGCCGGCAUGAACGUGAUCAAGACAAUGAAAAUUACUCUGUGUCAUCUGAUAGUGAUAUCUCAACGGAAGCAGAUGAACUUGACCAUGAUGCGGAUGAUAAGAUCAGUUCAGAUUCUAAAAAGAAUCAAUAUGAUCUUACGGGGAGUGAUAUCUGUGAGAUUGAAGAAGAUGACCCCAAACAUGAUCUUCCCAGUGAAGUCGAUAUCAAAUCUGAACCGACUGAUGACUAUGAACUUGAGCAAGGUGAUGCACUUCCACCAGCUUCAGAACCUGAGGAGUGGGAGGGACCUGGAAAUGAGUUGGUCCCUGUUCCACUCAACCUCAUACCAGCCGAAGGAAAUCAGGGCCUAUUGAGAAUUGAUGUGGAAGACCCGCUCCACCCGGUACCAAGUGGACCUGUGAAUGUGAAAGAGGAACAACCAGAAGAAGACAUUGAGUCGAGUUUGUACAGUCUUGAUGAAGUUGCAGCCGCAAUUGAUCACAAUAUGGAACCAAAUCCAACUGAAGACCAUUCUGCUUCAUCUAUUGACAAGAGUGGUGAAAUAAAAACGUUGGGACCAAUAAAAGGACUUUCAAAGGCUGUUAAAGUAAAAAAGUCUGCAACAAAGGGUUGUUUGAAGGUUGCCAAGUCUCAAAGAUGUGACCAGUGUGAUAAAGCAUUCGUCUAUCCAAGUGAACUAGCACGGCAUAAACUGAUUCAUUCAGGAGUUAGACGACACGCCUGUGGCCAGUGUGAUAAAAUGUUUAAACUUCCUGGCGAUCUCAAAGCACAUCAGCGUCUACAUACAGGAGAAAGACCGUAUGCCUGUGACCAGUGUCAUAAGACAUACAAGAAAAGGUUUACUCUCACUGAGCAUAAACGUAUUCAUGCUGGUGUGAGACCAUAUAAAUGUGAUCAGUGUAAUAAAGCAUUUACUCGGAGUCAUGAUGUUUCUCUGCAUAAGCUUACCAAUCAUUCAACAGAAAAGCCAUUCAGCUGUGACCAGUGCGACAAAGAAUUUAAACGAUCGGGUGACCUUAAGAAACAUAAAUAUGUCCAUACAGGAGAAAGGCCAUUUACCUGUGGCAAGUGUGGUAAAUCAUUUAAGCAGAGUUCAGCCCUAGCUCUGCAUAAAAGUAUUCACACUGAAGAAAGGCUUUUUACAUGUGACCAGUGUGGUAAAUCAUUUAAGCAGAGUUCGGCCCUAGCUCGGCAUAAACAUAUUCACACUGAAGAAAGGCUUUUUACAUGUGACCAGUGUGAGAUGGUAUUUAAGCAGAGUUCUGCCCUAGCCCAGCAUAAACAUAUUCACACUGAAGAAACAUCUUUUGUGUGUACACUGAUGUGUAACAAGUGUGAUCGAAUAUUCCCUCGGAGUAACCUGUAUCAACACGAGCAAAGACCAUUUACAUGUGGCGAGUGUGAUAAAGCGUUUAAGAACAGUCCUGCCCUUGCUCUGCAUAUUGGUGCUCACUCCAAAGAAACGUCUUUUGCAUGCGACGAGUGUGAUAAAACAUUCACGAAGAGAAGCAGUCUGUAUCAACACGAAUGUGUUCACGACAAUGAAAGACCACUUCUGUGUGACGAGUGUGGUAAAAUAUUCUUACAGAGGUGCAUUCUCAAUGAGCACAAACGUAUUAUUCAUCCUGCAAUAAAAGCUUAAAAGCAUAGACAGUCUCAGGCAGAAAUAUAUCUCUGUACAGGCCAAGACACGAUGGAUGGAGGAAGGGAAAGCUUCUCAAUAUAAAUCACCUUUUUCUGACUUUGCAUCCAUUUAUGUAUUAAUUGAUACUUUCGAUAGAUGUUCUCAUGAUGUGGAGUACUCAGUAUUUCAAACCUUGACCAUGUAACAGGUUUUCUUGACUGGCCCACAUUUAUGUCCCAUGUUCAUACAAUGUUAUGUAACUACAUGUGCAGUCAGGGCCAAAACGAAAAAACGUGAUUGUUCCUUUGUCACGCUUUAUCCCGAUUGCUUAUAUCACAUGAAAACAUGAUUGUGUAAAUUCACGCAAAAACGUGAUUACAGCAUCACAUAAAAGCAGGAUUGAUAGUACAAUCACGGUUUAGCUUGAAUGAACCAAAUCAUGGCGAAGUCUGAUUGUAUCCACAUCUCAACAAAACGGGUACUAUCGGCAUUUGGUUACCGAUUUUUCGGGAUUUUAUUGACGAACAGCAGUGUCACUGUCAAUGCUACUGCAUUCCAUGUAUUCCUACCUAAAACCAAUAAACUUCUUAUAUUCAUCAUCAUCAUCAUCAUCAUCAUCAUCAUCAUCAUCAUCAUCAUCAUCAUUGGUUUGAGAGCUGCAUGGCCAAAUUGACCUCAGGCUCAUACAACAAUCGCAUGCGUUUUAAUGGGUGCAGACGGGAAUUCAUAACUUCCUCGAUAUGACCAUAAUGUUUCUAAUUAUAUAUUCUAAUUAUUGUUUCUAAUUAUAUACCACAGUGCCUGAUUCAGUUUAGUCCUUGUUAUUGUACUAUCCUGUAGUUGAACCUUGAUUCAGCAUUUUGCCAGUGCCUGUCCAAUCUGGCCUUAAAGGUGGUUAGUGUUGAGGCACUGACCACACUUACUGGGAGGCUAUUCCAGUAAUUCACAAUUCCUCUUGAGAAGAUGUAUUUUCCACAAGUUGCUUUACGAUCGCAACUUCUCAAGUUUGAAGGGAUGGCCUCUCGUUCUGCCAUUUGCUACCGGUGUUUGGGAUAGGCUAUUGUAGUUCCGACUGGAUUUAAAGUAUUUUAAACACUUCUAUCGUGUUCUGAGUCUGAGCCUCAUAGUUUCACUCAAUACCGGAUCCUCUGCAGAUCAUUUUAGUGGCCCUACGUUGCACUGUCUGCAACUUUUCAAUAUCUUGGGUUCUAAUAGGGGUCGAGGCUGUAUUGGCAUGUUCAAGUAAUGGCCUGACCACGGCUUUGUGCAGCAUUAUUAUGUGAAUUGUGAUUUAGUACCCUGGCAGUUUCUGCAUUGUGAAGACACUAUGAAAAGCCAUCUGAUAUCACAGGUUAUUAACAAGGUUAAUAAGCUAUUAUGUGCAAUCCCCGUCAGUCACGUGGCCAGAAUUCGGAAACCCAACUACUGAUGAUGAAUCAAUCAUAGAUUUAUGUAUUAUCUGUGUACUGUAUUUUGUUAUUUGGUGAUUUAAAACAGAACUAGAUUUCUGGAUUGAUUAUGAUGAUGAGCUAGCCUCGUUCUGGUGAAGCAGAGCAAAGGCCUUUCAUCCUGACGUAAUCAGAGGGCACCCAACUCGAAAACAAGGAUGGUUUCAGAAAACUUCAACAUCACGGAAAAACGUGACUAAACAAUCACGAUUUUUCGUGUUGGCCCCGACUGAUGUAACAUGUAUUUAGAAUAUACAUGUAAUUGAUGAAUAAAAUACAUUAUAUCCAAGUGAA